AUGUCGCUGUUCGCCAGGAUCGCUUCUCUUUCGUCCUCUCAACGCUUGACCGGGGCAUCAAGCCGAACCGCACAUCUCGCUGCGUCGACCAAGAAAGGAUUACAACAGCAACACGACGCUGCGUUACCGGUGCGCAAAGCAAAAGGUAUCGAUCCCGGCCCACAGCAACGGUCGCUCCGCGCAUCGCACUGCUUUCCAUCCAGCAGCAGCAAGCAGCAGCAGCAGCAGCAGCAGCAGCAGCAGCAUAGUGCGGGCACCAUGGUCGCAGCAGAUUCGGCGUCGUGGGCCGGGCUUACCCGCUCGAGCCAGGCAUCCACGUCGGCAGCCACACUCGAGAGCUUCCUCGACACCGCAGCCUCACUCGUCUCGCAAGCAGCACCCAAGCUCGACACGCCCCCAAUAGCGCGCUUCUCCCCCGGUGCACGCACUACCGCAGCAUCCGCGUCCACAGCAGCGGCAAUCAGCAACCCGACCGAGGUUGCUCGUGCCCGUGCCUACCAACAGGUCCACAGCUCCGACAGCUCCACCACCACCCCCUCCUACACAUCCACCGUCUCCAGCUCCUCAUACAAAGACGAGCACGAGGACGAAGGCGAACACCAUGCACACACAGCAACGAACCACGCGUUUCUGAUCACCUACUUUGUCGCUGGCGGUGCUGCGGGCGCCACCUCGCGCACUGUCGUCUCGCCCCUCGAGCGGCUCAAGAUCAUCAUGCAGGUGCAACCGCAAUCGUCCAAAGCCGCCUCUUCAGCGAAAGGCAAGCUCUCGUCCACGGCCAAGAAUCGCGCGUACGGAGGCGUCUGGACGGGGCUGGUCAAAAUGUGGCAGGAGGAAGGAUUUGCAGGCUUCAUGCGCGGCAACGGCAUCAACUGCCUGCGCAUCGCGCCUUACUCGGCCGUCCAGUUCACCACCUACGAGCUCUGCAAGUCGUGGCUGCGCAACGGCGAUGGUGACCUCGACGUUGUGCGCAAGCUCGGCGCAGGCGCCGUGGCGGGCAUCGCGAGUGUGGUGUCGACCUAUCCGCUGGACCUGGUGCGUUCGAGGAUCAGCAUCGCCUCUGCCAACAUGUACAACGAGGCCAAGAGCGAGGCGACUUCGCAAGUCAGUGCCAAGGUGUCGCAGGAGGUGCUGAGGGAACAGAUCGCGGCGCGCCAAAAGGCAGUGCCGGGCAUCUGGCAGAUGACCUCGAAAGUGUACCGCGAGGAAGGAGGGCUGCGCGGCCUGUAUCGCGGCUGCGUACCUACCUCGAUCGGCGUCGCUCCGUACGUGGCGCUCAAUUUCUACUUUUACGAAGCCGCACGCAAGCGCAUCACCCCGCUCGACGGGUCAGAGCCUUCGGCGCUGAUGAAGCUCGCAUGCGGUGCACUCGCCGGCUCGAUCUCGCAGACCGUCACGUAUCCCCUCGACGUACUGCGCCGAAGGAUGCAGGUGGCAGGUAUGAAGGACAGCCAGGAAAGGCUUGGGUACAAGGAUAAGAACGCCAUCAACGCCAUCCAGAACAUCCUCAAGGCCGAAGGCAUCACGGGCCUCUACAGGGGCCUGCUACCCAACCUGCUCAAGGUGGCGCCGAGCAUCGGGACGUCGUUCUUGACCUACGAGGCCGUCAAGGGAUUCCUCGAAGUGCACUUUGACGAACUGCAUCCGCCUACACCCAAGGAAACUUCCACGCACUAA